AUGAUUGCCACCAAUACCCAUAUAAAUAGAAGCUCAGUAUCAAGAAAAUUCUGCUCAAAUUGUACCUGUUCUCCUGGUCUUUUAUCAAGACAGCACCGCAAAAACUUUCUAACUAAGCAAAUUAGUCUAUCAAGGUCAGCUUCAAGUUAUUCAAUCAAAACUCCCUUACUAUCAAGAAAUAACUCAACUAUAUCCUUGUGCCAACAACAACAACAAAGUUCCAGCAUGGACCAUCAUUUACUAUCCAAUCAAAAAGAAAUCAACACCUCAAAGAGACUAUUAAGUCUUCGAAAUGAAAUGAAAAGCCAUGAUCUAGCAAUCUACAUUGUGCCAUCUGAAGAUGAACAUCAGUCUGAAUAUGUCUCCUCUGCUGAUCAAAGAAGAAGCUUUAUCUCAGGUUUUACUGGCUCUGCUGGUAUCGCAAUAAUAACCAGGGAUUUGCUAUCAAUGAACGAAACUCCAAGUGGGUUAGCUGCUCUUUGCACUGAUGGUAGAUACUAUAUACAAGCUAACAACGAAUUAGAUUUUAAUUGGAAACUAUUGAAAACUGACAACCAAAAUAACCAAUCCUGGGAAUUAUGGACAAUUAAAAAUGCUAUCCAAUCAAGUUUAGACACUUACAAAGAGGUUAAUAUUGGUAUUGACCCAAAAUUAUUCACUUUUGAUAGAUACGAUUCUUUUAAAAAAUUGAUUCAAAAUGAAGUCUCAAAAAAAUUACCUGAAACUCCCAAAAUCAAUUUGGUUCCAAUUACUGAAAACUUGAUUGACAAAAUUUGGCCCGAAUUUGAAAAGAAACCAAUAAGAUUAACCUCAAACUUCAUUAAAUUAAAUGAAAAUAUAUCUGGUAAAUCAACACUUGAUAAAAUUGACCAAUUAAAAAAAACUCUAAAAAAUGAUUUCAAUUCAUCUUAUUUUGUCAUUACUGCUCUAGAUGAAAUAGCCUGGCUAUUGAAUCUAAGAGCUUCUGAUAUCCCUUAUAACCCAGUUUUUUUUUCUUAUAUGAUUAUAACUGAAAAUUCACACUAUCUCUACUGCGAUAUCGAUCAAAGAAUUCCAAAGAACGAUAAAAGCAACGAAAACAUUCUAAAUUAUUUAAACAACGACUGCCAAAUUAUCACUAAACCCUACAAUCAGUUUUGGUCUGAUUUAUCUACGAUUUCAGAAGAAAUUUCCAAAAAUAAUUCAAACAAUAAAUUUUUAAUUCCAAAUUCCUCCUCUUGGGAACUCGUUAGAAACUUAAAAAGUGACUACUUGAAAAUUCAAUCUCCAAUCGAAUUACUCAAAUCAGUUAAAAACAAAACAGAAAUUCUUGGACUAAAAACGGCUCAUAAAAAGGAUGCAAUUGCGUUAAUUAAAUUCUUUUCUUGGUUAGAAGACCAAUUAAUCAACAAAGAAAAACUUUUAACUGAAUAUGAUGCUGCAGUCAAACAAAAAAAAUUCAGAAAAGAAAUGAAAAAUUUUAUUGAUUUAUCUUUUGAAACAAUAUCAUCGACGGGUAAAAAUGCUUCCAUCAUUCACUAUGCUCCAUCAGAAUUCGAUUCUUUAACAAUAGAUCCCUCAAAGAUUUACUUGAAUGAUUCCGGUGCACAAUUCUUAGAAGGCACAACAGACAUCACUAGAACUAUUCAUUUUUCAAAUCCCUCGCAAGAAGAAAUUGAUAACUAUACAUUGGUCUUGAAGGGAAAUAUUUCGUUAGAAAAUAUAAUAUUCCCUGAAGGUACAAAUGGAGUACAAUUAGAUGUUUUGGCUAGACAGUUUUUAUGGGCCCAAGGGCUAGAUUAUCAACAUGGAACUGGGCAUGGCAUUGGGUCGUUUCUAAAUGUUCAUGAAGGACCAGUGGGGGUUGGAUAUCGUCCAUACUAUGCAAGAUUUCCAUUGGAGGUUGGCAAUUACAUUUCAAAUGAGCCAGGGUAUUAUAAGGAUAAUGAAUACGGUAUUCGAAUUGAAAAUGACAUGAUUGUUAUCAAAGCUGAUGAUAUCAAUAAAGGAUUGGAAAAUAAUAAGAAGUUUUUAAAAUUUGAAAAUGUUUGCUUGGUUCCAUAUUGCAAGAAACUAAUCAACGUUAAAUUAUUAACCGAAAAAGAAAUUGAAGUUAUAAACAAGAGACACAACCUUAUCUUCAAAGAGGUUAGCCACUAUUUGGAAUCAAAUUCUAUUGCUCUUAAUUGGUUGAAGAUACAGUGUGCCCCAUUAAAGAAAAAAUAG